AUGUCGUGGAGCUCCAGAAGGCUGCCCAAGAAGGGGCAGUUGCUUCAGAACGCAGUCCUGCUGCUGGCCUGCUUUCUUUCGCUGCAAGCAGCAAGCUUUGUGGCUUCCGGCCGCCAUCAGAGGCGACCGGAGGUGGCCAGAGCCAGCCAGUCAGAAAGUGAUCCCCAAGGCACGUCUGGUAGUGUCAUAGUAGCGUCGCGCGAUGCAGAGCGCCAACCGGAGGCACCUCGGAGCCGCGGUGCCCGGCUGCAGGGCACGCGUGCGAAGCCUGGGCCAGUCCAGGCCAAGCCGUCCAAGCCCGAGGAGCCGAAGUUUCCGCUUGCGGCGGCCGGUGCGGCAGCGCUUGCAGCGGUGCUCUUCGCCCUUUCUCAAGGCUCCAGCCCUCAAGCAGAUGGCAUGCCGAGGGACGCGUACUAUGUCUCCUCCAGCAGUUACGUGAUUCAGAGCGUUCGCGACGAGUCUGGUCAGCUCCGGACUAAAGUGGACGAGAAUCGGGGACUUUGGACCAACAUCCCCGGCCUCAAAGGUGGGCAGCGGUCCUCCUCCUCGGAAGCCGACCAGCGGCUGCGUGAGGCACAGCAGGAGAUGCGGCAGACGCAGGCGCAGGUCGACAAAGCCAUGGAUGAAAUGAACCAGGCCGUCAGUCUGCAGGAUUUGCCAUCCCGCGAGAGCUCGUCUUUCGAAGCGAUGGCUACUUCGGAGGAGAUGGCUUCUGUUUUUGGCUCGCCCAUGGUGGCUCUGCCCGAAUCCGAGUGGAGGCAGACUUUGAGUGUGCUUUUGCAUCCCGACUAUGAAGCGGCCACGACGUGUUUGCUCGAUGGGAUGCGCUACACCGAGCCUCUGGAGCUUCUGCAGCUGCUUCGCGGCGUUCUUGCGGAGGUGAUCAAGAAAGAGGAGGCUGCUGCAGAGUCUGCCAAGGAAUCUCGCGCGAAGAGAGGUUCGGGAUUCAGCUCGAAGCAGGCAGAUCCUGAAGUCACCGCGCAGGAAAAGGACCCGAAAGAGGCAGCUACCCGGCGCUGGCGACGAACCCUCCGUGCCGUCUUCAACGCCGAGGCUGCCAUGGCAAUGUUGGGUGACCUGCAGCAGAUGUACAAGUCGGAGGAGUUUGAGAGGGCCGCCCGUGGACUCAACGUUCGAUGGAGGGGCACCGGGAAGCUGUAUGCUGAGAAGAUGGCAGAUAUUGAGGAGCUUUGUCUGAAGGAGUGUUGGCUUGGCUCAAAACCCUCGGGGCCAACUACCCCACAAGUCGUGGCAAGAGAGGACAUGCCCCGAAGACGCAGGAGCGGAGCCACCGUCGCCGUAGCAGCCACACAGGUCACCUCGGGACUCUCCCCGACUGCAGACGAUGAGGAGCGGUCCAUGCGCACUCAAGUCUUCGAGAAGACGAAGAUGUGCAAAUUCCAUAUUUUGGGCGCCUGCACCAAGGGUAGCAGCUGCCGUUUUGCGCACUCCCAGUCGGAGUUGCAGUGCCUUCCCGAUCUGGCGUGCACCAAAUUGUGCAAGACUUUGAUCGCAACUGGCGGCUGUGAUAAUCCCGACUGCCGAUAUGCUCACAGCCAGGAGGAGCUGCGGCCAUUGCCCUUCCCCGAUGUAGAAAGGGAGCAGGAAAUGCGGCACUUUGAACUGCCGCUGGCCGCGGGCGAGGUCCGACCUGGUGUCCGGCGCAGCUCCUCAGCUAUGUCAAUGUCAGCACUCCAGAAGGACAAGGCAUACCAGACCUUCAUGCAGAUCGGUCAGGCAGCGCAGGCGCACGCAGCAGAGGCUCGGCGCCUGCAUGCCGCUGCGGCAGAGAUCCAGGCUGCUCACCUGGCCGACGACGCGCCGUACUACAUGAAUCAAAUGGGUCUGGACACCAUGAGCAUGCACGGGCAAGAGGAAUGCGGGCCCCAAGAUUGCAUGGAUUGUGCUUGGGCAGGGAAUGCGACGGAGCCGACGAAUGCACAGUCCCUGCAAUCGUUGUCUCUGCGGCUACAGGCUUGGCGCCGGAAGCCACGCAAGGCCAUUCGCGCCUUAAGUGCUGGUUGGGUGGAUGCUUGCAAGACUCUCCAGGCACUCCUGGAAGGGGACGUUCAGACAAAUGUGUAUCACUUCAAUGCGGUGUUGGGUGCUGUUGGUCGGACGCAGCGAUGGCCGCGGGCACUCCAGAUGCUGUGCAGCAUGCUACGUGCAGAGACUGCCGACUUGGUCAGUCUGAACACCGUCAUUCAUGCCGGCGAGAAGAAACAAUGGCAGAUGGCGCACUCAAUCCUCUGCUUGCUGCACGAUCUCGGAGGUGUCCCAAACGCCAUCAGCUACAACAGCUGCAUUAGUGCAUGUUAUGGCGUCGCGUGGCCCCGUGCUCUGCAACUAGCGGAUUCGAUGGUCUCUUGCGCAACAGCCCUUGGUGUGAUUACAUGCAACAAUGUCGCCCGCGUAUGUGGCAUCGGCGACUGGAGACGGUCGGCGGCUUUUGUGCAGAAGCUGACUUCGAAAGCAAUCCUGCCUGAUGCCAUCAGCUACAACACUGUUGCAAACUCUCUGGAAGACGAUCGCUGGAGCUGGGCCUUGGGUAAUCUACCUCGCAUGCGGCGGUCUGCUUUGCGACCCAGCGCAGUGUCCCUUGGCACACUCAUGAAGCUUUGCGAGGACUGGGAGCUGGCAUUCGGCACCUUGGCGUUCAUGCGCAGUGCCGCAGUUCCGUUGACCAUCGUGGUGUCUGGGAGUGCAAUAGCCGCUUGCUUCAAGCAAGCGCUUUGGACGGCCGCUUUGCAACAGCUCGUCGCACGGGGACUGCACGACGCCUCAGAGGUUGUUUGCUACAAUGCUGCCAUGACGGUUUGUGGUCAGUCGCAGAAGUGGAGAGCCGGACUUCGACUUUUUCAAAGGAUGGGGCAGUGUCGUCAGGCGGAGAGUGCCAUCACGAAGUCGGUUUUUUUUCUGGUGGCCGGGGAGCGCCUGGGCCGCUGGCGCCAGGCUUUGGACAGGGGCCUUUGCAGGAUGAAAGCCACGAAAGCCCUGCAGGCACCCAGCAGGAUCAUUGCAUGCAGCAGUGCCCUGGGAGCCUGUGAAGACUCGGAGAGGUGGGCCGAGGCUUUAGUUGUCCUUCAGGGUAUGCGGGCGGAUGGCCUCCUCCCAAAUGUCUUCAGCUACAGCAGUGCCAUCAGUGCGUUGGAGAAGCGCGCGCGGUGGGUUCUCUCGCUGCAUCUCUUGGACCAGAUGGAGGCGCAGGGCGUGGCGCCCAACGAAAUCAGCUACAGCGGAGCCGUGGGUGCUUGUGAGAAAGCUGUUUCUGGCCCUGCAGCUGGCAGAUCGCAGACUCCCUAG